AUAUUAACUGUAGGUACUUUUUUUCCAGCCCCACGCAAAUUUAAGCUACUGUAAUUUUUCACUACACUAUUAACUGAAUGUUGACAUUAUUCUUAUCAAUAUACAAUGUCAGCAGAGGCAUUAGAUGAAAUUCAAUGGAAGUCUCCUGAAUUCAUUCAAGAAAGGGGACUACAUACUGGGAAUGUACUUGAAUAUUUUUCAUUAUCACCAUUUUAUGAUCGUACAUCUAAUAAUCAAGUACUAAUGAUGCAAUUCCAAUUUCAACAGAUUCAAAUCCCUAUGGGGAUGACAUUUCAACAAUUCUUUCAAACUAAACUUACAGAAAUGACAGGUAUAGAAUUUAUUAUAGCAUAUAAUCGAGAACCUGAUUUUUGGAUUAUUCGUAAACAAAAAAGAAUCGAUUCUAAUAAUGCUUUCCCUAUUCAAGAUUAUUAUAUUAUUGGAGCUAAUGUUUAUCAAGCUCCUAAAAUUUAUGAUAUUCUUGCCUCAAGACUUUUAUCAGGUGUUCUUUCUAUUAAAAAUUCAAUGGAUCUUUUAACUAAUAUGACUCAAUAUCAUGUUUCUGAUGGUGGACAUUCAUAUAAUAAUGCUGUUCAUGCUUCAAAUCAUUCAUUAAUUUCAUCUUCGGCAAAUCUUAAUAAUUUAGGUACAGGUACAGUUUCAGCAACUAAUACUCUUCCAUUAUCAAAAUCAACAUCAUUAGCUGUACCUAAUUCAGUAUUAUCAGCCUUAACUCCAAAUACUAUAGGAGCAACUCCUCAAACUUCAGCAGCAAUUGGAAUACCUAAUACAACGAAUAUUGGAACAACAAGUGUAGGAGUCAGUACCAAUGCUUCAAUUGAAAUUACAAGUGGAGCAUUUGAUAAUUUAUUACAUAAUGUAUUAUUAGCUCAUGAAUCUCGAGAGAAUUCAACCACUGGAUCUGAUAUUCCUUCAGUAACUAUAAAUUCACCUAAUAAUGCAAGUACAACAUCAACAGGAGUUAAUUCUACUACUACAAAUGGUACUAGUAUGAUUAAUGGUACAGAACCUGAAGUUAAAAGUAUUUAUCUUGAUGAUAUACCUUUAUAUGGGAAAGGAAGUACGGUGGAAAUGCUAGGGUUAAAAGUCAAUAUUAAUAAUGAUGAUAGUUAAAGUUUAUAAAUAAAAAAUCAAACAUACAUUCUGU